CACCUACCUUUGUCAUCAUGUCUGUAUCUUAGUUUUCUCCAAACAAGUUUUGUAUAGCUAUUUCUUCUUCUAUGGAGAAGAAGCUGAUUCCGUUGUUCUUUGUGGUGAUUCUGUUCAUAAAUCUAACAAAAGCCACCGUUAGGGUCCAGAUUUAUCCUAGAGGAUCUGCAAAAGAUUAUAUCCUAGGGUUUCGAGAUAGAUCAGCUUUAUACCGUUCUGGUUCUGUCACCGAGGGGGAUGAUCGGUGGUUACAAGUGGCUUCUGAUAUGAUUGAUAAAAACAAGUGUGACUAUGUGGCUUUACUCUUCUAUGCAUCUUGGUGUCCUUUCUCCAGAUUACUUAGACCAAGCUUUGAUCUCAUCUCUUUGCUGUAUUCAUCGAUUCCUCACUUUGCAGUUGAGGAAUCAUCAGUUAAAUCAAGUACCCUUUCGAAAUAUGGAGUUCAUGGGUUUCCUACUAUCAUCCUUAUGAAUUCAACAAUGCUUGUAGCUUACCGGGGAUCCCGAACACUAGAUUCUCUUGUUACCUUCUACAGUGAUGUUACUGGUAAGGCAUUUUGAG